AUGGCCGGCUCCCCCAACACCAACCUACGCGGCUUCAACCACGCAGUCCACACGCUCCUCAAACAGCCCACCCAAUUCCUUCCACACCUCACCAUCCCAACCUUCACGCACCUGCCCGAGGAUCUUGGACCCCACCUCGUAUCAACAGGGUCAACGCGCAAUAACACCACCCCACCGAACCCGGAAAAGCACCCUCAAACCCCAUCAGCGCGAACACCCACAAUCCGAGCCCUAGUCCUCGACAAAGACAACACCCUGUGCCCCCCAAAAACAACCACCUUCCCACCCAAGAUCCUCACAAAACUUCACGAACUGCGCACCUCCCCAACAUCCCCCUUCCAUGCCACGCGGCACCCACACUCAAUCCUAAUCGUCUCCAACCGUGCCGGAAGCCACCCGGCCUACGACGCCGAGGUGCGCGACCUCGAGGCGCAGCUGGCACACCUGUGCAUCCCUGUAUUCCGGCUGCCGGCCGGCGCGGAAAAGAAGCCGUUCUGCGGUGACGAGGUCGUGCGCUGGUUUCAGGAGCGCGAGGUUAUCGGGUCGGCCGGUGAGAUUGCGGUUGUGGGUGAUCGCUUGGGCACGGAUGUGUUGAUGGCUGGUAUGAUGGGGUCUUGGAGUGUUUGGUGUAAGGAGGGGGUAUUUGAGCCGGGCGAGGAAGGGAAGCCUGAGCGCAAUAUACUGGAGAAGAUGGAGGUUUGGGUUGAGCGAUAUUUGCGUGAGAGGAAGGGGUAUUCGGCGCCGGCGCCAAGGGGGUGGGAUACUGACUGA